ACAGAGCUCGAGAGCCAGUUGCAGGUAGCGCUCCGGGAAAGCGAGACCAGGGAUGAUUCAAGAAAGUCAUCCAUGGUCACAAUGCAAGCCACAGUCAUCCUCCAGAAUGUCUACAUUGACCGCGCGCAGGAAAAACUACAGAGCCAGGCAGACCAGCAAGGGAAGAAGAAGAAGCGACGGGUGUUUGGUGAUGGACUCCCCAAACUGCUGGAUGGCGCGCAGUUCUUCUCCGAGGUGGUCGAGUACGAAACAACCCAAGAGCGCGAGGCAGCGGCGAAGCAAGCGCGAGCCGCUGAGAAGGACGCAUACCAAGCGCAAGUGCAGGAAUGGGAGAAGCAGGUGGACGCGCGAAAGAAGCGGGUGGAUGCGCAGCGGGCACAGUACCAGGCGGCUUUGGCAGAGUGGGAA